CAACCACUCUCUACCACUACUCCUGUUUCAAUAUUCGUUCUGGAAUCUCGCAAACUUUUUUGUUUAUUUCUUCUCAAACUUACAUACAUUAACCUUUCUUAUACUAUCAUGGCUUCCAGGGUGGUUUUUGUUUUGGUGAUGGCGGUGAUGUUGCUUGCCAUCAACUGUAACUGCACCAGUGUUGGUCACAUGCCUUCAACCAAAGAGGAAGGUCGUGAUUUUGAGGAGGCUAAAGCCAAGACCACACAAACAGCCAACAAGGCCAUGGACACUGGUAAAGAGGGGAAAGAAGCUGCAGAGUCAUGGACAGAAUGGGCUAAAGAGAAAAUCACCGAGGGACUUGGCUUCAAACAUGAUCAAGAAACCAAGGAAUCCACCACCCACAAAAUCUCUGACUAUGCUACCGACACUGCACAGAGAUCAAAGGACUGUGCAGCUGACACUGCAAAGAAGACCAAGGACUGUGUUGGUAAUGCUGCUCAGAAGACCAAGGAUUCUGCCGCCGAUGCUGCCCAGAAGACUAAAGAUUAUGCUGCUCAGAAGACCAGCGAUGCCAGUGGUGCUGCCAAAAAGACGAAAGAUUAUGCUGCUGAAAAAACCAAGGAAUAUGCCAGUGAUGCUGGUGAUGCUGCAAAGAAAACCAAAGACUAUGCUGCUGAAAAAACCAANGCUGGUGAUGCUGCAAAGAAAACCAAAGACUAUGCUGCUGAAAAAACCAAGGAAUAUGCCAGUGACGCUGGUGAUGCUGCAAAGAAAACCAAAGAUUAUGCUGCUGAAAAAACCAAGGAGUAUGCCAGUGACGCUGGUGACGCUGCAAAGAAAACCAAAGAUUACGGUGCUCAAAAGGUCAGCGAUGGAGCACAUAAGACCAAGGACUAUGUCAGUGGUACUGCUCAAAAUGUUGGGCAGAAUGUCAAAGACUAUGCUGGUGAUGCUGCUCACAGGAGCAGAGAAGCUUCUGAUUAUGUCAGUGACACGGCUGAGAAGACCAAAUACUACGUUGAUGAUGCUGCUCAGAGAAGCAAAGAGGCAUCUGAAUACGCCAAUGAUGCGGCUCACAGGACCAAAGACUAUUCCAAUGAUGCUACCAGAAAAAGCAAAGAUGCUUCUGAUUAUGCCAGUGAUGUUGCUCAGAGAACCAAAGAGAAGCUCCAUGACUUUGCUUCUGAGGCUGGUCAAUACAGUGCUGAGAAAGCGAGAGAAAUGAAGGAUGCAGCAGCACAGAAGGCUAGUGACAUAGCAAAAGCUGCCAAGAAAAAAUCACAAGAAGUGAAAGAGAAUAUAAGGGAUGCUGAGCUUUGAAAUGGCUUGACGGCCUUCAACUUUUAAUUAUACUACAAAAGUUGUCAAAUUCUGCAGAAAUAAUGUGUUGUGUGUUUGUAUAUGCCAACUACAUGGUCAAGGGUCGAAUACUUUGUACUAAAUAUUUAGUAUUUUCUUCAAAUAAUAAUAGAUUAUCUUUCAUUUAUAAGGGCAAA